AUGUCCUCCGAAGGUCUGGGCGGAUUGACGUUGAUCAUCCCACCAUCAAGUGAUCGGAGCAAUAUGGAAAAGACACCUAUCGCCAUAGAAAAGAGCAUCCAAGAUGCAGAGAAGCCUUCGGGGCCGCCGGUCGGUCCCGCUGGCCCUCCAGGCGGCUGGCUAUGCACACGGAUGUCAAGAUACCAAGAGAUUCUCUUCAACAUCAUGGUGGCCGUCCUUCAACUCAUCCCUCAAUCAACCUUGACAACAGUCUUCCCAGUCAGCAAAGACAUUGCGAGGUCCUUCUCAAUGUCGAAUCCUUCAGUACUACCAUGGCUUGUUGCCGCCUACGCGUUAACCUUUGGAACCUUCAUUCUGAUUGGAGGCCGACUUGGCGAUAUCUUCGGCCACAAGACAAUGGUGGUGAUCGGCUUCUCCUGGCUCGGUUUGUGGAGCGUGGUUGCUGGGCUGAGCCACUAUGUCGGAUACCAGCUCUUCUUUGUGGCCAGAGGCUUUCAAGGUCUUGGUGCAAGCCUCAUGGUACCCAACGGCUUAGCGCUACUGGGUCGGACGUAUCCGCCAGGGUCGAAGCGGAAGAUCUUCUCAUUCACGCUUUUCGGCCUUUGCGCACCAGUCGGGGCUUACCUCGGGAUGCUCUUUGGUGCAUUGUUCACCAAAUACGCAACCUGGUGGUGGAGUUUCUACACCCUGGCCGUCGUUUGCUCCUUCCUCGCCAUUGCCGCAACGAUCAUCCUCAUCUCACCACCUCCAACGCCAAAGCAGAUGCUACCUGUCAAAGACAAGCUUCGGGAUAUGGAUUGGCUUGGCGCUGUCACGGGCGUGGGCGGUCUCAUAUGCGUCCAAGUCUCUCUCGUCUCUGCUCCUGCAUCGGGUUGGAGUACACAGUAUAUCUUCAUGCUGCUUAUUAUCGGGGUGCUGCUCAUCGCGUUUUUUGUUAUUACGGAGAUCAAAAUCGCUGAGCAGCCAUUGGUGCCCUUCAAGAUGCUUAAGGCCGAUGUUGGCUUCGUCCUCGGUGCUGUGGCCUGUGGCUGGGCCACUUUCGGCAUCUGGACGUGGUUCUUGUGGAAGUUCCUUCUUGGCAUCAAACAGGAUACUCCUCUGGAAGCGGCCGUGCAGGUCUUACCCAUUGUUCCUGUUGCCUUUAUCGCCUCGGUCUUGACGGCUUGGAUGAUGCGGAAAUGUCGGCCAUCCUGGACCCUGUUCUGGGCACUAGUGGCUUUUGCAUUCGGCCCACUGCUGCUCGCCGUCGAUUCCAACGUCGACAAGACGGUAUACUGGAGCUGGACUUUUGCCAGUCUGGUUGUGAUGCCGUUCGGUAUGGACAUGUCAUUCCCGGCCGCCACCUUGAUUAUGUCCAACUAUUUUCCGCCACAACAACAGGGCGUUGCUGGCAGCCUGAUCAGCACAGUGGUGAACUACUCAAUCUCUCUUGGUCUCGGUCUUGCCUCGACGGUGGAAGUCCAUGUGAACAAUAAUGGCCUUGAUCCUAUGGCCGGGAUUCGCGGUGCUUGGUUCAUGGGGGUUGGCCUCGGCGGUCUGGGUGUCCUCAUUUGCAUCGCCUUUAUCAUCCGAUCUAUCUUUCAUCCGACGCCCAAUGGACCAUCAGCGCCUCCAGCCUCAGGAACAACCCUGCAAACGGCCUCACCGGACCCAGAAAUAUCGCGACGUACAACCAUAUGGAGCCUCGCCACGACAAUGACCCCCGAGACUCCUGGAGUACAAACACCGAAGGCAAAAGACCUUGAACAGUUCAAAUCGUUGAACGUUGACAUCACAUCCAUUCCAACAUCGCCAUCGACGUCGACACCAACACCAGCACCCACAUCGCCGACGUCGCCGGCUGCACAACCUUUCAGUGCUUUACCCAUCGCCUCCACCACAACGCAAACAUCACCAAAGGCCACCCAGACGGAAGAACCACGCCCGAAAAGGAAUGGUAGAUCACCCCCUCCUAGACGCCCGCGCAAAGAUAGCCUCGAGUGCUUGCGAUCUCAAUCUCACGACCGGUCAGAUUCACAAACACACCUACACGCGCUAUCUGCGCAAUGUCCAAUGUCUCCGCCUCCACCGGUACCGAUACCCAUCCCACUUCCAACCGAGAUGGACGCCGUAUACCGUAGCCGCGGCAGUUUCGAAAGCGAAGAUGGUGACCAAGAACGUGAGCGUUGGACACCUCCUCGAGAAUUGCCUGUCAGUGGCAGAGGCAGUAGUGACCUCACGGAAGAUCAAGCCCACGAGCACUGGUACGGUCAGGACUCCAGGCCGGUGACGCCCCGAGAAAUGGUGGGAGACAAGUGUUAG